UGUUUGUUUUUUUCAUACUUCGGAUUCUGUGAGGAUCAAGAAAUUUCUGCAGUCUAGGGUUUUCUGAAGGGGAUCGAUAAUCAAAUUCGGCCCGGAAUUUGAUCGGAGUGGGUGCGCAAUCGAUCGGAGGAAUAUGUGGCAUGAGGCGCGGAGGUCGGAGAGGAAGGUGCACGACAUGAUGGACGCUGCUCGGAAGCGCGCUCAGCGCCGGGCAAUAUACCUCGCCAAGAGGCGCGGCGAUCCCCAGCAGUCGAUACAAGCAAUUGGAUCUCGAUGCCGCAUCCACCGCGAUGACGCUCUCUACCAAGCCACGCAGGAUCAGCAGGGCCUGAUACCGUGGAAUGGGAAGCAGGAUGUGUUGAUUGACAGAUUUGAUGGCCGCGCUCUACUAGACUUUAUUCGAGAUAGUAGUUCACGUCGAUUUCGGGUUCCAGAGAAAACUGAGGAAGAGGAAGAGUUAGAAGAAUUUGUUAAUUUUGAGCGUUACCGGGAUUUAAUUAAGCAUCGGCGCAGAGGAUUUACUGAUGAGGAUGGCUUACAGUAUGUUGACCAAGAGAUGGAAGCUAAGAUAACAGCAGCCCUGGGAGCAGACAGCAGACCUCAUGUGGCGCAACCUCAACCAAAUAAGGGGUUAUAUUCUCAAGUUGGUUUCUCAUAUGAUGGAGAUGGACACGAUGAUCAAGGUUCUGAUGGUGAGGAAGAGGAUGAAGAAGAUGAGGAAGAGGAAGAAGAUUUUAACAGUGAUGACAGUAAUGAUGAAGCAAUGGAAUCAAUUGCCAAAGAUUUUGGUGUGAGGAGAUAUGGGUGGCUGGUAUAUAUGGAUAAAAAGGCUAAAGAGGAGGCUCGAAAACAGAAAGAAGUUAUAAAAGGCGACCCUUCUAUUCGGAAACUGAGCCGCAAGGAAAGAAGGAAGGCCUCGCAGAUGGAAAGGGAAAGGGAAAGAGAAGCUGCCCGAGUUACUGGAACUAGAGUUCUUCGCCAUGAUCCUUACCGGGAUUCUAGGAGAAGCCCUACUUAUGAAGCUUACCCACGUUCUAGAAGGUCAAGAUCGAAAUCUCGAUCUCGCUCUCCACAAUCCAGGCGCUAUUCACGUGGAGUUCAGCCUGAUGAUGCCCAUCGAAGCAAGGAUAGUACUCCUCAGAUUGAAUAUAUUACUGAAUUUGGGGGAUCCGGUGAUGGGGAUGGACCAAAGCUCGAAGGAUAUUCUCCACCUCCAUCUCCUCCAUCCCAAGUUGCUGCAUUGAAUCGGCCAUCAUCUGGUCGAAUACUUGAGGCCCUCCAUGUAGACCCCGCCUCUGGAGUAUCCCUUGAUAAAGAUAGAACCACUGCACAAUUGAAAACACCAACUAGUGUUGGCAGUGCUUCCUCGGCAUUAGCGAAAUUGAGCAAAGGUGCCAGCAGUGGGAAUUUCUCUAAGCAACCGGGCGAGAAGAAGGAAACACCUCAAGAACGCCUUAAACGGAUCAUGAACAAACAACUAAACAAACAAAUUAAGAAAGACACGGCAAUAGAAAUGGCCAAGAAACGAGAGCAAGAGCGGCAGAGGCUUGAGAAACUCACUGAAACAAGCCGAUUUGGUCGGCGACGGAGUCGCAGCCGAAGUAGAAGUUACAGCCGCUCUCCUAGACGGUACAGGGGCGGCAGCCGAAGCCCGAGCCCGAGCAGGAGCCGUAGAAGCUCACGAAGAUAUGGCUCCCGGUCUUGGUCUCGUUCUCGCUCUCCGUCUCCCGCCAGAUCUCCAUCCCCACGGGGAACUAGACGGUCGAGGCAUUAAACAGCGAUGGCGUCACCCUAUAGAAAAUUUGGCUCGGCUCGGCUCAGUUCAGCUCAGCUUGGUAGAAAGAGGGAAGAAUAUGAUUGUUGUUUGGAUGUGUUGUUUUCUUGCAGUAUGAACAUACUUCACCUGCUCUGUGUUUGCUUGCUAUUAUUACAAGGCUAGGCUAUUUCUUGUCGUUUGUCUCCCAAUCUUUUAAUGGUCAUUUAAAAAAGAAAAAGGUGAUAUUUUA